AUGGCGGAGAAAAGACAAGAAGAGGCCGACUUCUAUGCCAACAUUGAAGAUCCCCAGCGCGUUAUAAACAUGCUUGAAAUAUACCUCAAAACUGCCAGAGAACAAGGAGACAGGGUAAUAGACCUAGACGUAUACUGUAUUCUUGGCAACGCCUACCACAGAGUUGGAGAUUUCCAGAAAUCCAUAGAGUACCAUGAACUACACCUCAAAAAAUCCACUGAAGUGGGGGACAAAGCAAAAGAAGGAAGAGCGUACGGUGAACUUGGCAACGCCUAUGACAGUCUUGGAAAUUUCCACAAAGCCAUAGAAUACCAUGAGCAACACCUAAAAAUAUCCAGAGAAGUGGGAGACAGGGCAGGAGAAGGAAUAGCGUACGGUUAUCUUGGCAACGCCUAUCAGGGUCUUGGAGAUUUCCAGAAAGCCAUAGAGUACCAUGAAAGAGACCUCCAAAUUUCCAAAGAAGUAAUAGACAGGGAAGGAGAAGGAAUAGCGUACUGUAAUCUUGGCAACGACUAUCACAGUCUUGGAGAUUUACGGAAAGCCAUAGAGUGCCAUGAACAACACCUCAAAAUUUCGAAACAAGUGAGAGACAGGGCAGGAGAAGGAAAAGCGUACGGUAAUCUUGGCAACGCCUAUUACAGUCUUGGAGAUUUCCAGAAAGCCAUAGAGUACCAUGAACGACACCUCAAAAUUUCGAAAGAAGUGGGAGACAGGGCGGGAGAAGGAAAAGCGUACGGUAAUCUUGGCAACGCCUAUAGCAGUCUUGGAGAAUUACAGAAAGCUAUAGGCCACUAUGAACGAGUACUCAACAUUUUGAAAGAUGUGGGAGACAGGGCAGGAGAAGGAAGAGCGUACGGUAGUCUUGGCAAGAUCUAUUGCAGCCUUGGAGAUUUCCAAAAAGCUAUAGAGUACUCUAAACGAGGACUCGAAAUUUCGAAAGAAGUGGGAGACAGGGCAGGAGAAGGAAGAGCGUACAGUGAUCUUGGUAACGCCUUCGACCAUCUUGCAGAUUUCCAGAAAGCUAUAGAGCACCAUGAACGAGGACUCGAAAUUUCGAAAGAAGUGGGAGACAGGGCAGGAGAAGGAGGAGCGUACUGUGGUCUUGGCAACGCCUAUGACAGUCUUAAAGAUUUUCAGAAAGCUAUAGAGUACCAUAAACGAGCACUCGAAAUUUUGAAAGAAGUGGGAGACAGGGCAGGAGAAGGAGGAACGUACGGUGGUCUUGGAAACGCCUAUUACAGUCUUGGAGAUUUCCAGAAAGCCAUAGAGUACUUUGAACGACACCUCAAUAUUUCGAAAGAAGUGGGAGGCAAGGCAGGAGAAGGAGGAGCGUACGGUAAUCUUGGCAACGCCUAUUACAGUCUUGGUGAUUUCCAGAAGGCCAUAGAGUACUAUAAACGACACCUCAAAAUUUUGAAGGAAGUAGGAGACAGGGCAGGAGAGGGAGGAGCGUACGGUAAUCUUGGCAACGCCUAUCACGGUCUUGGAGAUUUCAAUGAAGCUGUUCAUUAUUAUAAGAAGAGUGUUUUAGCCUUCGACCACAUCAGAGGAAAUCUCAUAUCUAAUGACGAAUGGAAGAUUAGCCUUAAAGAUACGUAUGAUCAUGUUAAUUCGAGGCUGUGGGAGCUGCAGUUUAAGGAAGGUAAAGUCGUGGAGGCACUUUUAACUGCUGAUCAAGGACGUGCACAAGCUUUAGGUGAUCUUCUGGAGUCCAAGUAUGGCCUUAAAGGGCUACGCCCAGAAAUAGGAACACUUUCCGCAAGACCAAAUGACUUUCUUAGUUACUUGCCACCUAAUACAGCUUUCAUGGGUAUCAGUGAGAGAGGAAUAGUUCUCUGGAUGAACGAGAAAGGAAAAGAAAUCAAAGCUAGAAGAACUGAGAUCGAUAUCUCAGACACAACCUAUUUUCAGUCUCUAUUGGAGACCACCCGGAAAGAAAUAGGUGUGAGAGCUGAUGUUAGUUGUGAAGAUCGCUCAUUAGGAAACCCAAGCGAUAAAAAGUUAGCAGAAGAAAGAUUCAGUAAGCCAAGGUCUCAUUCCUCGUAUUUUGAGGCAAAGUCAUUGCAAACAUUAUACAGUGUUGUUAUAGACCCUAUAAGAGACUUACUCCAGGGCAAUGAAGUUGUGGUCGUUCCACAAGGACCACUGUGUUUGGUGCCUUAUGCUGCUUUCGUGGACUUGGAAUCUAAAUACCUCUGUGAAACGUUUAGAAUUCGUCUGCUUCCCUCACUUUCUACCCUGCAGUUGAUCCAAAAUUGUUCAGCAGAUUGGCACAGCAAGACUGGCGCCCUUCUCGUCGGCGAUCCGUGGGUACAGGAGGUAACGACGCUAGAGCAGUUGGAGUGGGCCGAAAAAGAAGUGCAGAUGAUUGGGGAAAUACUUCAAACUGAGCCGCUCAUUGGAAAGCAGGCAACAAAAGAUGAAGUCUUGAGACGUAUUUCCUCGGUUGCUUUGGUGCACAUUGCUGCUCACGGUAAAAUGGAAACAGGGGAAAUUGCCUUGGCCCCAAACACAACACGUUCAUCCGUGAAUCCAGCCAGGGACGACUAUCUCUUAACUAUGAAAGAUGUUUUAAACGCUCAGAUUAGGGCAAGGCUUGUGGUGCUUAGUUGCUGUCAUAGCGCCAGGGGAGAAGUCAAAUCUGAGGGUGUGGUCGGCAUCGCACGUGCUUUUUUGGGUGCCGGUGCUCGUUCUGUUCUGGUGUCCCUGUGGACGAUUGACGACGAGGCGACUAUGGAGUUCAUGAAAUUUUUCUACCGACAAUUAGUCGAUGGAGGAAGUGCCAGUGAGGCUCUGAAUGAAGCUAUGAAAUCCAUGAGAAAAUCUGACCACUUUAGUGCUGUGAAGUACUGGGCGCCAUUUGUUCUCAUUGGUGACGACGUAACGCUUGAGUUUGAGAGCAUCAAAUAA